GAGGAUCUAAGGAGCUCGGCUCUGACACUAGCGCCACACCGGGAAUCCUCCGGCCUCAGCUCGCCUCAUCUCCGCUGUCAUUAACCCCAUCCCUCCGGUCCUUUUACCUCCAGUGUCAUUGCGGGAUGCGGGAUGUCUUGACCCAUCCCGAAAGCGAUGUAUGGGCCGCGUACGGAGAGGACCGGGCCGGCGGAGAGGGAGCUGCUGACUGGGAGUGAUCUAGCCGGGAUUGGAGGAUGGAUCCGCGGCUUACCUGCGAUGGGAAGCCGGUGACAGUGUCCUGGAUCCUCGGUUCUGCCCUCGUUAUUUCCUCCUUGGCUCUUUUUGUGAGCUGUCACGGCACAUGCAAUCACAAAGUGCCCGCUCCGGAUGAAGUGGUCCAUGUCUACCUACAGCAUGAGCGUUUGACAAAGAGAAGUUCUGAUGACAAUCUUCAACUGAGAAUAAAAAUCAUUUACGACUACAGCGUUGAUCAGCUCUCUGCAGACAAGAGGAGACUGGUUAAAGAUAAGCUGUUUCCUCAGGCCAUUGACUACUUACAGAGGGCCUUCAGCGUCAGACAGAGAGUGGGACUAGUGCUUCUCAGCAGACAAUGUGCCACAAACCAGUAUCUGAGGAAGAGAGAUGACCCUCACCGAUACUGUCAGGGUGCCUGUGCAGAGGUCACCAAAUGUGGACCUGUUGUUGUCCCACAACACCACCUACAGCAGUGUAAGGUGUGCAGCGAGUCGGGUAAGUCCUGUGGUCCCUCUGGACCGGCUGAUGGUUCUGGGGUGGAGGACUCAGACUUUGUGCUGUAUGUGAGUGGCAUCACCACCGAGCGUUGUGGCCAGGAGAACAUCGUCGCCUACGCCGCCUACUGCCAACUGGAGGCACAACUUGACCGACCCAUAGCUGGCUACGCUAACCUGUGUCCAGCCAUGAUCUCGUCUCAGCCACAGGAGUUUGAAGGAAUGUUGUCCACCGUGAAACAUGAGAUUAUACACGCCCUGGGUUUUUCCGCAGGUCUUUUUGCUUUCUUCCACGAUGAUGAGGGCAGACCGCUGACUCCUCGAUUUGCUAGUGGGCUGCCUCCCUUCAAUGAGACUCUGGGCCUGUACCAGUGGAGUGAGGCCGUGAUCCGGAGAGUGACUCGACUGUGGAACACCAGAGGAGAAAGAAUGCUGCAGCACCAGGUCCAUGUGCUCGUCACCCCCAGAGUCAGGGAGGAGGCGCGGAGACACUUCAACUGUCCCAUUCUGGAGGGGAUGGAGCUGGAGAACCAGGGAGGAACCGGUACUGAACUGAACCACUGGGAGAAGAGGCUGUUGGAGAACGAGGCGAUGACCGGCUCACACACUCAGAAUCGUGUGUUUUCGCGGCUCACUCUCGCGCUCAUGGAGGACAGCGGCUGGUACAGAGCCAACUACAGCUUGGCCCAGAGGCUGGACUGGGGACGAGGUCUGGGCUGUGACUUUGUGAUGAAGAGUUGCAAGUUCUGGAUGGACAACCAGAGAGAGAGGAGACAUUCGGUGACUCCGUUCUGUGACACGGUGCGGGCGUCUCCUCUGCAGCUCACUUGUCGACAGGACCAACUUGCCGUGGCCGUGUGCAACCUACAGAAGUACCCCCAGGAACUGCCACAGGAGUACCAGUAUUUUGAUCAGAUCCCGGACGUUGCCACAGAGGAGUUGUCAUAUUUUGGAGGAGCCGUGGAGAUCGCAGACUUCUGUCCUUUCAGCCAAGAGUUCAGCUGGCACCUGAGCGGAGAAUACCAGAGGAACUCAUACUGCCGCGUCACUGAAAACCAACCAGACUGGUGGAGGAACUACGGAGCCGAGCAGUACGGCCCUGAGUCUGUGUGUCUGUACCAGAAGUCUGCGUUUGUGAUGGAGCAGUGCACCAGGAAGAUGAGCUACCCAGACUGGGGCUCCGGCUGCUACAAGGUGUCUUGCUCUCCUCAGGGCCUGGUGGUUCACGUCCACAGCCGUUCGUACCUCUGCCUCAGAAAAGGGCAGCCUCUCAGUGUGAGCGUCAAAGCCAAUGAUUGGGUUUAUAACGGCGUCCUCCUCUGCCCAGACUGCCUCGACUUCUGUGACCUCUGCCCUCUGCCCCACCAGAUCCCGCCCACCAACACCUCCAGGAGCAACCCCAUUGAUCCUUGCUCGAGUUCGGCAGGUUUGGUCACCACUCUCUGGCUCUUGAUGCUCAAUCUGCUCCCUCUAGUGGCCGGACUGCUGCUUUGCCACUGUAGCUGAUAGACGUUCACAGGUAGCCAAGACCAUAAGAACUGCUGCCAUUUUAAACUCUUCAAUGUAGCAAACUCCUGAGACUCAAAACUGCAAAUUUUUCAAGUUUUUGGUCUUUUGGCUAUUUCUAUUUCUCAGGACCCCUGCCACAAUUUCUUCAUCUAAAAGGACUGUUACUUACUAUUUCAAGGACUUUCAAGGAGUUUCAAGGACUUUUUUUUGCUAAAGCCGUAUAUUGACUUUUAUUUAUUUGGACCAAGAUGAAGGAACGCAUACUAUCUCAUUUCUUUUUAAGACUCUUGUGAAGAUCACUUUUGGGUAAUAUGUUGAACUUAGGAAGCUAAUUAGAUGAGUGGUGAGAUGUAUUCAUUUAAAAAAACUUACAUAUUUAAUUUUUUCUUCCAAAUAUUUAAUUCUUAGAUCAGUUAAUGCAGGGAUGGAGUGCAAAUACAGAUAGUCUCUCAUUUUUAAGUCAUACAAAAUUGUUGGUUUCAUAUUGGAUCAAUAUUACGAUACAUUUUCUUUUAUUACUUGUAUCAGACCGAAAUAAAAAUAACUAGUCUUACCCAUCACAACAAUAAGUCUAAUAAUUAAGGAAAAAACAUUUAAUAACACAAUACUGAAGAAUAUAUAGUUUUCUUUUUCUCUUCACCUGCACCGCAAAAUCGGAUUGUAGUCUGAUUUCUGGAAUUUUAAGAUUCCUCAAUGACAGAAUCUGAUGUGAAUAAUCAAAAGGUGAUCUGGCUUUUACAUGUCAUUUAAAUAACCUUAUAACUCAAAAAAAUCUGUAUCAAUCAGAUUUUGAGUGCUCAUGUAACCACAGCCAUUGAAAUGUUUCCUUUUAACCAUUUUGAGCCAAGGUUGUGAUACUUAACAUAUUCUUGUGUAUGUCUAAUACUGGAUGUGAUCUACUCUUUAACUUAAACUUAAAGCAGGUCUAAAAAAUCCCAAAAUGAUUGUUAUUGAAGAUCAAAUUUGUAGCAUUUAAUAUAAUUUAGUCCAUUAUUAAAAUCUACUGAUAAGGCCACAGUACUGUAUUGACAUUGCACUGCAGUAGAUCGAUGGUGCUCUUGAUUCAAAUUUGUGUAGAACAUUUUUAUAGUAAUGUAUCUUGAGAUUAACUUACUGCAGGUAUUGAUGCAGUAAGAAUGGCAGCUUUAAUCAAGUUUUCAAACUAUAUUUAGUUUAUGUUGUGUUCCUCAUAUAGAAUAAUGAGCCUCCAUUCAUGCAGCUUAAAAUCAUUGCUUAAACCCCCGUUUUCAGUGUAUUUAACAUAUACUAAAUAUAUUUUGAGUAUAUUUUCUCUCCUCUUAGCUUGUUUUUAAAGGGGUGUUAUGCAGAAUUUAUUUAUUUGAAGCUACCACAUCAUACCUACCAUAGUCUAAUGAUCUCUUCCGGGCCCUAUUCAAACCCUCCUUAUGAUUAGCUGUAAGAUUCUGUCCAAUGCUCAGCCCACAGACCUACGUCUAUGCUCUCACAUGGCCAUUUCCCAUAAAUAUACAAAAGCAGGAUUAAAAACACAAAUUUUAAUGUUGCUUUUGGCAAUAUCGCAUUUUCAAAAUGAUAAAAGGCAAUAUGGUGACCUAAAUAUGUUAUGUGUGCCACCUGGAAGUCAUUUUCAGUCUGUGUAAACAUAUAUCAGGAUGCCCUCAAGCGGCUUCAUUUCAGGUUUAUCUGGGUAAAAUUUUGUAAAAUCUCAUGUUCAGGGGCCUUUUGUGUUCUAAACAACUAAUCAAUUAAUUGAUAGACUCAUGCUAGAUUAAUUGAUUACCAAAAUAAUCGUUAGUUGCAGCCCUAAUAAUGUGACACUGUUCCAUUUUGUUUACUAUCGUAGCUCUAUAACUGCAGAUUUUUUUUUAUUUUCAACAUUUUAAGGCUAAAAGUUCUUUGUUUACUUUUGCAAAUGCAGUUAUUAUAUUAUUGUCAUUAAUUUAUUGCUUUAUUGUACUAUACGCUUAAUAGAAAUGUGACUGUUCUUUACCUGAUGUAAAAACAUGAAAAUAUGAAGUUGAAUGUUUUCUUUUUAAAAUCUGUUAUGGCAGCCAGUUUUGCACUGAAGGUCCUGGAUGACCAUGUACGCUGACUAGGAAAGUGGAUUGUUAUAUACAAUUUUUUUCUUUAUUUAUUGUAAUAAUGUUUUGUUUGUUUUUUUAGUAAUGCUUUUAAAUUUCUCAAGAUGACUCCGAAAUUUGUCUAUCAAAAUAAAUGCUAUCUGUAAAUUU